GCAGCGGCGGCGGGGGGGUGAGCGGCGCUCCGCGACCAUCACACUUGUGCUGCGCCGUGUUGGUCGGUUUUCGCAUGUAAACAAAACCAAACCAACAAAUGUGGAUUUGUCGCCGCCGUCUAAGCGCGUCCGACCUGUGUUUUGGUUUCGUGUGCGACGCGCCUGUACUGACACGACGCGACGCGGCUGGUCUGGAUGAAACGUAAAGCGAGUUCGCUGAUUAAUCGCUCGGCCUGUGGCGCAUCGACAGCGGCGGCGUCUGCUAGCCGAGCUAAGCUAAAGCGCUCGGGCCUCGGGACUAAAGUUGAAGUUGCAGGCGGACUUUACAACUUCUGAAUCCCGUCCGGAGGCUCGCAGAGUCGCGCGGGGACCCACGUCGUAAGGCCGUUGGAUGAGGAAGUGAAGUUACCCGGACCACCCAGGAGAAAGGAACCCAUUUGAUGGGAGCAUCCUCUUUCCUGAACUCCUGGGGCAAACUGUGAGCAGUUAUCAUGGACGAUCAGGAGGCACUGAACUCUAUCAUGCAGGACUUGGUUGAACUGCACCGCUCUAGCCGGCCAGCCAUGUCUCUGUCUGACCUGGGCAAAUCUAAGGCCUCGUCUCCCAAGAACCAGAACGAUAUCCGAGUGAAGUUUGAGUACAGAGGGGAGAAGAGGAUUCUGCAGUUUCCUCGGCCCCUCAAGCUCGAUGAUCUGAGCACCAAAGCUAAAGUGGCAUUUGGGCAGGUCAUGGACCUGCACUACACCAAUAAUGAGUUGGUGAUUCCUUUGAGCAGUCAGGAUGAUCUGGAUAAGGCCGUGGAGUUGCUGGACCGUUCAGUCCACAUGAAGAGUCUUAAGAUUCUGCUGGUGCUGCCAGCAUCUUCCCAGAACUCUGUCUCCAGCAAGGAUCUGCCACCAACUUGUGAGAACCUAGACAAUACGGAUGGAAACAACAUGUUGGCCAUUAUAGGCUCUCAGUCCACAGACCGCAGCUCACCUCCUCCAGGCUACAUUCCUGAUGCCCUACAGCAGGUGGCAAGGAACGGUUCUUUCACCAGCAUCAACAGCGAGGGAGAGUUCAUACCUGAGAGCAUGGACCAGAUGCUGGAUCCACUAUCCAUGAGCAGUCCUGAAAAUUCAGCCUCAGGCAGUUGUCCUUCUCUUGAUAGUCCACUUGACGGCGAUAGCUAUCCUAAAUCCCGCAUGCCCCGAGCUCAGAGUUACCCAGACAACCAUCAGGAGUUUCCUGAGUGUGAUAUCCCAGUGUUUGAGAAGUCAGGGAAGGGUGGCACAUAUCCACGGAGAUACCCGAUCUUUGGUCUGCAGGACUACAGUGAUGGACGCAAGACGUUUCCACGAGCACGUAGGACACAAGGGCAUGGUUUUCGCUCUCCGAUGAAUUUCAGCCCAACCGACCAGAGCCCAAGCACCAGCAGCGGAAGCAGCAUCUUCACACCUGAGCUGGAGGAGCCGGUACGGCGUCGCCGUGGCAGUGACAUUGAGCCCAACUCCAGCACCAACCCAACUCUCUCAGUCAUGGACAUCAGCCCGCCCAGCCGAUCCCCUCGUGCCCCGACUAAUUGGCGUCUGGGCAAGCUGCUGGGACAGGGAGCAUUUGGUCGGGUCUUCCUGUGUUAUGAUGCUGACACAGCCAGAGAACUUGCUGUCAAACAGGUCCAAUUUGAUCCAGACAGCCCGGAGACCAGCAAGGAGGUGAGUGCGUUAGAAUGUGAGAUCCAGCUCCUGAAGAAUCUUUGUCAUGAGCGCAUAGUCCAGUACUACGGUUGCUUGCGGGACACACACGAAAGAACUCUGUCCAUUUUCAUGGAGUACAUGCCUGGGGGCUCAAUUAAAGACCAGCUGAAGUCAUAUGGUGCGCUGACAGAAAACGUUACACGUAAAUACACACGGCAGAUCUUGGAAGGAGUAUGUUAUCUGCACAGCAACAUGAUCGUACAUAGAGACAUCAAAGGUGCCAACAUUCUGAGGGACUCGGCGGGGAACAUAAAGCUGGGCGACUUUGGGGCAAGCCGCAGACUGCAGACCAUCUGUCUUUCAGGGACGGGGAUAAAGUCGGUGACGGGCACGCCCUACUGGAUGAGCCCAGAGGUGAUCAGUGGAGAGGGCUAUGGAAGAAAGGCUGAUAUCUGGAGUGUUGGCUGCACCGUGGUAGAAAUGCUAACUCAGCGACCUCCCUGGGCAGAGUUUGAGGCAAUGGCAGCCAUCUUCAAAAUCGCUACUCAGCCCACCAACCCUGCACUCCCAGCCCAUGUGUCUGACCACUGCCGUGACUUCCUGAAGCGUAUUUUUGUGGAAACGAGACAGCGCCCAGCUGCUGAGGAAUUAUUACGGCACAUUUUUGUUCACUAACCCAUCCUCACCCUCAAUCACUGACUAAUCAGAAAGAACCCUAAGUGUCUGUAGACUCUGCCCUUUUCUAGACGACUCCUGGGCCUGCUAUAGGUCGCCCCAUUGGACCAGAAAGAGCGUGGGUGUGGCUUAGCAGGUAGGAGGCUCUCUUUUUAUGCCUCUUGGUGGAGGACAGCGAUUGGGAGCAGCUUGAUUUCCAUAUGAAAACAUUUGCACCUUAAUUUCACUCAGGGGUAAGUACCCCUAAAGACAUUUAUCUUUGUAUCUUUGUAGACUUUUAAGCUGUUUUGUUAUUCCCUGCAAUUGUGGAAUUGGGAGCCUUAGCUCUGGGGAGUCUAGUCAAGUUCUUUACUCGCUGGAUGAAUCCGAGAGGCUGUCUGGUCCUGACUUGACCCAGAAUGUACCGUCAGCACCUGCAGAACACGUCCGGUAUGCCGCCAAGCUGCUAGAGAGAAAAAAGGCAAACAUAAAGGGGACAGAAAUGAAGAAAGGAGACCAACCCAUCCAACUUGGCUCCCCUAAGUUCUCAUUCUCUUGCACAGUUUGUGUAAAUGACACACACACACACACACACGCACGCACGCGCGCACACACACACACUUUCCUAAAGGACUAUACUGUAGAAUAUGUCACUCACUAUGCUGUACAAACAUUAGUUUGCUGUACCUCCCUCUCUCUCUCUCUUUGUCCACUCUUUAUUUACCAGAGAGUGCCACCGUGUUGUGCUGUAGAAUCUGGCAGGGUUUUGAUUCCUUUCUUUCUCUCUCCUGACCACAAUCCUUUCUUUACUGUGUGCCUUUUUAGAUUUGUGGAAGCUUGUUUUUUCCCCCGCAGUUUUAAUUUAGUUUUUGUCAUGGUACACAACCAGUUUGUACCACAAUGGCUAAGCAUUCUGCUAUGGUUCUACAAUAUCUCUGCUCAAACCUUUGCCUUCUCUUUUUGCCCAGUGCCCCCUUUCCGUUUCAAACUGACUCCAGGUCAGCUCCUCAAGCGCUCCUUUGCCUUCCUGUAACACAGUGCCGUAGUCUUCAAUCUGAACCGAGGUCCUCUGAAACAGGUUGAAUAUCAAUACAUUCACCAAAGCUCAAAGCCCAGAAACACAUGCUGGGGUUGGUGCCUAGACAGCAGCUCAAAGUAGUGUCUCAUUUACCCUGUUCAAACACAUUGAAGAUUGACUGAAUAUGUGAAUGGCUUGUGUAGGUUUCAGUGCCACUACACCCUUAUCCUUCCAAUGGCCAUAUUUUGGAAGAAAACAACACUCUGUAGUAUUAUUUUCUUAGUUGUUUUUUUUUCUUUGCUGCAAAAUAAUAUAUGAAGAAAAAAAGCAAGAUUUUCAUCUGUUUUUCUAUAGCAGACCUCAGAAUGCCCAGAAUGAAUUCAUGAUUCUCAUCAGUGCUCAGCUGUACUUGACGAUAUGUAAGUUUGAAGUUAACCUCAAUCCCACAAUGCCUUGACACAGGUAUUUUUUUUUUUCUCACCAUCUUGUGCUCUUCUUUACACUGCUUGACAUGCAUGUGUACACGCGCACACAUACAUACAUACACACACACACACACACACACACACACACACACACACACACACACACACCCACCAACAUGCACACACUACUGCAGUAUGCUUAUGCUCUUUAGUUUGCAAAAAUGCAACUACGUCUGUAAAUCAAAGAUUACGUAUCGGCUCUGUCCUCCUGGUAUGUUUUUACCCUCGGUACACAAUUUCUGUUUGGUACCACUGAGCUGAAUUCACACUUCCCCUCAGAACCUUUCUCUGUACUUUACACUGUCCAUUAGGGACCAUAGUUUUUACAUGAGCAGCACCACUUGACUUCCUUAAUAAGUGCACAUAUUCAAAGGAAUACUCCAGUGGUUUUCAACCCAAACUCUUUCUGCCACCUCAGUAAUAUGAUUACCAUGGCUAACUUGUAAACAAUAUACAUUUAUAUGAAAAGCUUUCCGGCAGUUGUAGAAUUGUUAGUGUAGCACACUUGUGCUGUUGGACAGUUGUGGAAUUUUCAGUAUAUGCAUGAUCAGUAUACUGUCAAAAGGUUGUUUUUAAAUUUGGACAUUUUUUCAGAUGGACAGAAUUGGAGUGGUAUGGACUGAGUUUUCACAGAUUCCUUUGUGAUUGCCUUAGAUAUUGAAAAAACCUCAGAUAAUGCAAAUGUAACUGAAACUGCUUUUUAACUGUGUUGCUCCAGUGACCGAAAGUUGGUCAUAUUUGGACAAAAUGGAGAAUAGAGUCCAGUGGAGUCCAGCAGAAUUAGCUCUAUGCCCCUCAAAUAACUGUGUCUGUUAGAUGACAUAACAGAAAUGAGAGUUAGUGUUCUCCUCCAAGCAUGUUGAAAUGUCCGACAAUGUUGUGUUAGCGGCAGUUUGAAAAGAUGCCGUUGCGCUUCCCGUCUCGAUCAGGUGAUUGUAAAAACUGAGCAUUUAUUCAAGUUAACUGCAGUUAUUUUUCACAUGUUUGUCACAGUAGAGACUAAAUUUUCAUUCGCGAUGGAAAAUGCACGUAAAUAAAAAGAGCAGAAAAUGCUUUUAUAGAGACGUCAGGUUUUACGCAAUUGCAUGGUAAUUAAACAUGAGAUACAAUUACAUGCUCAUGAUAGGUGCAUGUCCUGGCCUUUACCAUCCACCUUGGUAGCAUACUGUGAAAGGAGGAGACCUAACUAACACAUGGGAAUUAACCAUGGCUAAAUUGGCAGGCCAAAAUUGAGUUUGUGAAAGACAUUCAAGUCAGUCUCAUAUGAAGACUUGUAUUGUUAGAUUUUAAGUAGUUCGAAUUGUUAUAGUUCACAUUAUCUGUUUAAAUGUUUGUUUUCAGGCCUCAGUAGCUGCUCAUUGGCUUCUUUUAAAAGAGUGUUGUAAGUUUCUCCAGGGACAACCAAGAAAAUGUGUUUCAGUUGUCUGUAGAAUAAACGGUAUGUUACAGAAGUGGCAGAUAAAGAUUAGGUUGAAAAAUAAUUGAUUAGUCCUUUUUAUAAAGAAAUGAAAUGUUCUGUGUUGUUUGCUCAAAUGCUGUAAGCUCUGAGUGAACAGAGCUCCCUGUAGUGAAUUCAUACUUUCAUGCUCAGAGUGCGCAAGUCUUGACUGAAAGUGCACAUGGUGUGCCUUUUGAAGAAUGCAGCUAUUAAUGUCCACACUGCUACUGGUUUUGAUAGUUCAGCUAUACUCCUUUACUCCUUUCAAGAAAGCUAAUCAGAGAUUACAAUAUAAAUUUGUAUUAUUAGCUUGGAGUUUGAUAGAGUAUUGAUUUAGGAAUGUCCUCUAGAUCUAGCAUCACUUCAUUUGGGACGGUCUGAAUGGUUGUGUAAGCUUGAGUGACAGCACUUUGACCCUGUUAUUGAUUUUUUUGAGUCAUGGUGUUUCAGUCUGGUGGAAAGGAAAUCACUUAGUUGUUUAUUGUAAGGGAAGUCUGAUGCCACUUUGAUGGUUAUGUGUCAGGAAUAUUUUAUUAUAUUUUAACAGGUACUGUAAUGCUCAACUCAGAGCAAUGGUACAGACAGGCUACGUAAUAUUAGAGAAUACUUGGAACUAGCCUGGUAGGAGACUGUUAUUGUUUUUAAACGAUGAAUCGGUUUAUUUUGGUCAUGGUUUUGUAAUGGUCAUGGCUUUUGAGUGGUACUGCAUACAAUGAACUGCCCAGAUGCACUGAAUGCUUUUAUCUGGAUGAAAUACAUUUCCUACCAAUAGUCGGCACUGUGAUGAGAAGCAUCACUAGCAAAUCUGCAAGCAUGAAUAGUCAUGGCAUUAAAAUGCCUCUGUACAGAUUUUACAGUUACACUCCAACAAAUGUUUACAGUUUUUGCACUCCAGGUGCUGAGGACCCAUUCUGUUUUACUCCUAUUUACAGAACCAUCAGUUUGGUCGAAUUCCUUUAGAGUCAUUUAUAGCAGCCAGUUAAAGUAAUACAUGCAUAGGGAAUUUCACAAUUUCUGCAAUAUUCAGUGGUUGAGAUGUAAACAGAGUAAUUAGGAGUGGUUGAAUGCGGAGUGGUUCAAUAUAGAGAAAUAGGCCAAAUUCUUUUCAGUUGUGGUGAUAGGAACCAGAGGUUGUGAUGUCUACAGUGCAAAUAUAGCCAUUUUAUUUACUAUCCCAAACCACCAGUGAACCUACUUGUGUAUUCUGUGCUUUUAUAUGUAAUGUAGAUGGUAGUAAAAUAGUGGUAUAUACUGAAAAAAAAGACUUCUAUGGGGACUAUUUGGCCUUACUACACAAUUUACCUCCCCGCCAAGAAUAGAUUUAAGGAAAUAUGUUUUAGGUCUGUUUUAAGACCUAAAGACCUUUAAGACCUGUAAGCUGUUAUAAAACAGCAUCUCAGGCAUCAGACAGCAUAUUCAUGUCCACUUCAUGUAAUACGUCUUAUGACAAAGCUCUUACAUUAAACUCUUCAGACUUUGCUUCCUAUCACCACCACUUCUUCAUAUCUUCAUAUUUUUCAUAUCUUUAAAGCCUCAGUUAUGCAGAUUUUUUUUAAAUGGAUGAGAUUCCAGUUUAAUGGCACCCAACUUCAUUAAUACAAGAUCAGGUACAACAUAUGGACCCCUUGGCGAGUAGCCGUUGAUGUAUUCCAGCUCCCUCAAAAACCAGAGCACUUUUUUUUUUUGGGACCUUUCCAUGUUAUUUGCUAAUGAAUGCUAUACUACACUGCAGUUAGUUGGCACAGCAAGGACUCACAGUUGCCCUUCCAUGUUGUGUCUUGCCAGAUAUUGCUGAACCGGUUUGUGUCAAAAGGUCAGAAAUUGGCCAGUGCUGGUACAGAAAGUACUCCCAUUGUUUAAGUAACGGUACAAGUGCCAGUUCUCAAACCAUUGGAACUUCAUUUUUUCCGUUUCCAUUUGACUUGAUCUGAAAGGAGGAGAUAAAGCAUUAUUUGGUGUCUGUUUGCAUACGUGGUGUACAGAUUGACUCCACAGUGAGUAUAGGCGUUUGUAAUGUAUGUACAAUUGUCUGUCCUUUCGAUGUUGAACUUUUUGCACAUUUUUGAGACCAUAAUUUGUACACUGAUUUUAAUACUUUUGCCAAUGAAUGUGUGUGUGUGUGUGUGUGUGUGUGUGUGUUUCCAUUUGUCUGUAUUCACAAAAAAUGACAAAAGUGAUUCUCUGAGAAGGUGUGGUAGGAAGUGCCAAGCCCUGCAGGAAUGUAAUGCCUGAAUCUCUCCACUAGGUAGCACCAUGCGUGUAUUAGCCUGUACUCCUACAUUUUCUUCUCUCCUGCUGAAAUAUGACAUUUUCUUUGAAACGUGAAACCUGUAGGGCUCAAUCAACCACCCUGUUGCCUGUGUAUUACUCCACCUUUGAGGCUUUCUAGUGCUACGAUUGUGACCACUGGGAACUAGAAAUUUUCUAACUUGGAAUCUCCUGCUUCCCACCUGAAAGGUUUCUGCUGUUUGAGGUCUCUCACAGUAAGCCAGCACUUGUUUUUAGCUGCUGUGUAUGAAGAAAAAGCUUUUAAAGAGUGUUCAUAUGUGAAUUAAAGAGUUAUUUGGUUAGCCUGCAUCAUAAUAAAAUGCACUAUGGCAUAUCCAUAAUAAAAAUGCACUGAAAAAUUACAUUAAAUUAAGCAGUUUAAUUGGAAAUCUUGCACAAGCAUUCCCUGUAUUUAGGGAUGUCAUGAACAAAUAUACACCAGUAGAAACUUAGGUCUGCUUAACUGUGCUGUUAAUUUUUGUUCUCUGAGCGCUGCCAUGUGGAAAUGAUGUCUGUGAACAUCAACUGAAAGAAGUCAGAGCUUUUUGGAAACUUUUAAGAGAGAAUUACAAGUUGGGUGGCUGUUCAAGUGGAUUUUUCCCGUUUGGAGAUUGGAAACUUCCCAGUUCCCUCUUAGUCAUGAGCGCAGUAUAACAACUGGUCCUUAAAAGCCGUUAAAGCUUCACAACAGUUCUGCUAACAGGCUGGGCUUUCCAGUGAGGUGUAAUGUGCCACUGCUGCCACUCCUGAAUGCACUUUGUGUGUGAGUCUGUGUGGUUGUGUCUGUGAGGUCUUUUUCUGAUUGACUGUGUGUGUGUGUGUGUGUGUGUGUGUGUGUGUGUGUGUGUGUGUGUGUGUGUUGCCAGCGCAAAGGUCACUGCGCCCAGAUGGCUUGCGCUUUAGGACUGUACAAUUUUAAAACAAAACAAAAAAAAAACAUUAAAAAAAAACACAAAAAUGGAAAAAAAAAAAGAAGAAAGAUUUUCUCUUUCGACAGAGUACACUUAUCUGGUACAAAACUAUCUUGUUGUCUGCUUUGUCUAUGGUACGAGAAAGCCAUGUUUAUAAUUCAAUUUGGUUUGUGACCAAUAAGCCUGUUUAUAUCAAAUCUGUAUAUCAGUGCUACGCAUAUUUUUUUUAUAUAUAUAUUUUUUAUUUUUUUUCCUUUUUUUUUUUUUUUAAACUCGAGAUUUUAUGCAUGAUUGGCGUUUGAAUGGCCCAAUGAGGUAAUGUGCCCUGCUAUGAGAGCACAGCUGAUUGGAGGGUUUGCUGGACGACAUCAUGAGAUUGCCUGAUGGCUGGCACUUUGUAUAGUGUUGCUAAUAAUUAUGAUAAUGAGAAUAAUAAAAGAUAUUUAUUUCACA